AUUGUGAAAGAAACGGUGCCCACAAAAAGACACCGACCGGGGAUUUCAAACAAUCACCCCAGAUCCUAGGUUACCGUACGCAUAACAUCCCCUACUCUCAUCUGGAGUACGAACAUGGGUUUGGUAUCAGCAUACUGCCGAUCACGCUGGCACGGAGGCGUCCCGGCGGAUGCCCCUCAGACCAUAAGUGAGGCAUUUGAUCGUAUCGACGAGGUUUACAAUUCCGGAAAACCUUUCUUCACGAAAGACUCUAUCCGUGCCGUCUAUGUCCAGUUUCAGCGCUCCACUAAUCGUGGGGAUAAAGUCCUUGUCAAGGAUGUGGCGGGCACUCUAAUAGAAUACACUCUUAGAACAGGGGAAACUUUCAUCUGGAGGCUGAGUUCUGAGCAGGAAGAGGAAGAAUGGCUGAUCCAGCAGCCGAUCCUGCACUACCACGGCCGUGGUCAUCUCAAGGAAACUCUCCGGAUAAUGUACCAAGACGCUCACUACGAGCCCGAAAAAACAAGCCCCCUCCGCAGCUUGCAAGUUUAUCAUAAAUCUGAGAAGCUCGUCUCUGGUACAGAAGAGCUAUUUCAGGACCCAACUCUUCCGAGCUAUGAUGAUCUCAACACGAUCUUCAAAGAACAAAUCCAAAUUUGGCAGGAAAGUGAAAUGUGUGAGAGAGUUACCCAGAUCCUGAACUCCUCCGCUGCAGGACUGAAUAUCAGAAAAGUUGUGGCCGUAGCGCUAGGGGGGAUAUCCAAAGACGUUGGUCAUCGCUCUGCCUUCCAGCAUGCACUUGUCGUGACUUUACGCGAAUGGUUUGACGAUCAGCAGCAGUCAGUCUGCUGCUACGCCCAAGAUCCAGAGUAUAAGGCCGUGGAUAAGGCUGUCCUUCAGGCGCACGGUGUUAUUGCCAUCGAUGAUCCACGUGCUUGGCUUGAAGUGGACGAGCGAUCUAUCCUCUUUUCGUGUGCUCCGAAUGUACCCGUUAAGGAGAUUGUGGCAGACAUCACGCGGCCAGCGGUUAUAAUAUGGGAGCGGAUCGACAGUAAGGAUUAUGAUGUCGAGGAGGAAGGAAAAGUUACCGAUCCAUGUACACCUCGGGUGAGAACUAUGCUUGAGGGAUACGAGGUAUUGGAAUUCGGGGCUGACGAUCAUUUUUCUUCGACGGUCAUCUAUAUCCGGCGUUGUAAGGGUUGAGGAAGCUGCCUUGUGCUGUCUACUACUGCUUGGAUCCGGAUCUUGCCCGGAAAGCCAUGAUCUCUCAGUAUUAUCGGAUUGGUGAUACUAGCAUACAGGUCGUUAAACAGGCAAAACACAGCGAACUCAUCACUUGCUUUAGGGUGCAUAAAUUGUGCAGUGUUAAGUGGAUAUGUCUUAAAAUAUAUACCGCUAGCGCCCUUGUUCCGUUUGGGCGCAGCCACACUGUUCCCAAUUUUUGCUUCCUGGCGAAGUGACAUGAAAGUUGC